AUGACCGUUCGUAUCCAGCAGGGCCGUGUGUGGUCGAUGGACCCGCAGCAGGAAAUCGUGCUCAAGCAGACGUGGGGGAUCCUCCUCAAGUUCUUUGGCUACGAGCUUUCGCUCAAGUUGGACGACCUCGAGCUGGGGAAGCUGCUCGUCAACCUGGCCCCGGGCAUUCCUGGCGGCAGACGCGCCGAGUCGGUGCUGUCGAUUCUGAAGGACUCGCUUCUGCUCAGCUCGGGCGGCUCCUCGUUUGCGUUUCAAUCGUCCAACACAAAUAUUAAGAGCGUGUAUUACUCGCUUGAAACUGGCUCCAUGGACGACGCCUCCAGCGGUGCCUUCUCCUUGUACCAUCAGGAAGAGCAUCCUGCGUUGUCCCGCUACAUCCCAGAGGACCUCCACCGCAGCUUGUGGAGCGCGUUGAAAAAUUGCAGCCCAGACAACUUUUUGCUUCGAAUCAUCCGCUUGGCCAACAACGAUCGCAAAGUCACCCUCAAGUGGGUGGCCGAGGUGUUGGACUUCAGGAUUAACAAGUACCCUGUCACUGACAUUGUGUUUGAAGGUGACGCUGGCCCGUACUUUGAGGGAAAGAGCCCCAAGUUGAUCGAGGCCUUCCGUCGAAACGAGGUGUACGUGCGUGGGAACUCCAGAAGCGGGUGCCCAUUGAUCGUGGUUCGGGCCAAGGAACAUUUUCGACUGAACUGCCCGGACGCUGACUACGAGAAGCUCAUCAUCAUGCACUUUGAGUGGUCGUUCCUCGCCAUGCAAGAGUUCAAACGCGGCGUCGACCAGGCGCAUGUGCUUUUCGACUUGACGGGCUUCACGUUGAAGAACGCCGACUUCCACGCCGUGAAGAUGGUGGUGAAGCUUUUCCAGCGCAUAUAUCCCGACUGCUGUCAUGUGGAACAUCAUCGUCAAGUGGAUGGCACCCCAUUUGCGAGAAAACUCAUCUUCACCCACACAUACGAGGAAUUGCGCAAGUACAUUGAGUCAAAGUACAUCCCCAAGUCUUUGGGUGGAAAGGACAAACACAUCCCCACGUAUAUCGAACCCACAGAGUUCAACUGCAAGAAGAAAGAGCCCGACGCUUUGCUAGGGAAUCUUUUGAGACAGAGAGACGAUUUGACCAUCAAAUACAUUGAGAAUACCAUCAAAUGGAUUGAGGCAACUACCCCGGAGGAGUCGAAGGCGUACCUCGACGAGAAAGUUAGGCUCUCAAAGGCCAGAGCGCAGAAUUACGUUUUCUUAGACCCCUAUCUUAGAAUGAGAGGCCCGCACGACAGAAACGGGGAGAUCCUCAGUAUCAGCUAUUAG